CAAAAUGUACGUUUCGGAGCUGUGCCGUGUGAUGCGCACCCAGCGCGGGUCCAACGUGUGGAAGUUGUUCCGGGGAUUUUUCACGCCCGACGAAGCACACGACAUGUCCAAACGCGAGGCCACCGUGGUGGAAGUCGGCUCCAAGAACCUCAAGAAGGUGUUCCGUCUUGCCACUUUGAGUCUCGACUCCAUCGAGCACUAUUUGAGCAUCACCGACUUUGCUACCAAAUCUGCAGACACGCUGCACGUGAACGAUGUGUUGGUGUCGCGCGAAAACCAAAUCCUCACGCUUUCGCGCAAAAAACGCAAGUCUCUGCGUUCCGUGAAGCAUCACGUGCUCUACUGCGAGUCCGUGCCAGACGCAGAGGACUGGUGCCGCGCCAUUGCCGAGUACCAGUCGUACGAGGGCGACCAGCUCUCCGUCGCGUCGUCGCCGUCUAAACUAACAGCCGCGGACUACGCGACCUCCGUGGCGUCCACGCCAACACAGCACGAGCCAGCGCAACCGUCGCCGGCAGUUUCUGAAAAUAAAUGGUUCAACCUCAAACGCUCGCGCGAGUCCACCAUCCCGACCGCUAACUUCUCGUCCGACGUGCUCGAGUUCAAAGCCAUGCCCUACUCCGGAACCAUGGUCUCGCUCGGAGCCGUACAGACCCCGUCGUUGCCACCAGCCGACGCCUCGUUCCAGAAAUUUGAGCCGGUCUCCAAGUACUUUGGCUCCACGUUGCAGGAGUCCUUUGACAGGUCUCCAGAUUUCAAAAUAUACGGGAAACCGGUGCCUUCUGUCGUCUACCGUUCGCUGUCGUAUCUCGAGGAAAAAAAUGCGGUGUACAGCGAGGGGAUUUUCCGACUGAACGGAAUGAUGUCAGAAGUCAACAAGAUCCAGGAGAUCUUCAACGAGAAGAACGACUGCGACUUCUCAACGCUGUCGACGCCGCCUGAUGUGCACUCAAUUGCAACCCUUUUCAAAAGAUACCUGCGAACACUGAAAGUGACGGUGAUCCCGGAGGAAGAGGCCAAGGAGCUUAUGUCACUCACACUGGCCGCAGACCACGGGGCUUCCGUGCCAAAGGUGAAGGAGACACUGCAAAAAUUGCCAACUUUGAACUUUGACGUCCUAUACGUACUGUUCAGAUACUUCCAGCAGGUGCUCAAACACAAAGAGCUCAACAAGAUGAGUAUUGGCGCGCUGAGCGUGUUGAUGGCUCCCAAUCUCACUCCCUUUGACGGCGCCAAGGAGAUUUGCUCGGAACUGCUGACCAAUUACAAGUACUACUUCGAGGACGGCGAAAUGGUGGUGCGCUAGUGCUACCAUAUCUGAGGUUACGUAAUAUGCACUAUUUCAUAGAUAAUAAUAUCCAAGUCAG